AUGGCCCCGCACAUGGCAGGACAGGAGCACACCGCGGCCAGCAAACAGCAGGGGGGAGGUAGCGUGCACACUAACCACGCGCCCGACCUGCCUGCACGAGGGAGCCGCCGCCGAUAUGAGCGGAGGCUUGCAAGUGCAUGCCCGACAAGGAACACGCUUGGCCACUCACCAGGAGGCCACCCACAUCCCGAGGAGAGAG